UUACAGCAGGGACACACACUCGGCUGGAAGCUACUCUAACACACAGACAUACACACACAGAGCUGUGGAUAUGAUGCCUGUUGUUUUCUUCGUCCUGAUCUUCCUCACAGGUGGGGUGUCCUCUAAGAAAGUCUGCAGUUACCAUGACGUUCUGGACUACCUGAACCUGACCACAGAAAACAGUGUGUUAAAACUGACUCGGCCCGUACUGGACCACACGCACCCCACCAUAGUAAAGGUGGACUUCAUCCUCUACGCCAUCCUGGCUGUGCUUGAGAAAACACAAACUUUCAUUCCUUUUCUCUGGGCAUCAGUGAGGUGGAACAACGAACACAUCUCAUGGGACCCCGCUCAGUUUUGUGGCAUAACUCAGAUUACAGUUCCUAAAGACAUGCUUUGGAGACCAGACAUCUUAAUCUAUGAGAUGAUGCAGAAAAAUGAAUCCCCUCAGAACCCCUAUAUGACAGUGCACUACAACGGCGUGGUCUCUACUGACGAGGGCACCAAGGUGGUCAGCAUCUGCAAAAUGGACGUCCACAAGUUCCCCUUCGACACGCAGAGAUGCAGCAUCACUGUUGGUUCUGAAGUGCACUCUGCUAAUGAACUUCGGCUCCUUCCUUUCUCCAACUCAUCUCGGGCCACUCAGUUUUCCCAGGAGGUGAUGCAUUCUCAGGGAGAGUGGGAGUUCCUCCAACUGUCUGUCUCCAGCCACAAUUACACCUUUGACGACAAGCUGUGGGAACUGAUCACAUACACUUUCACCAUGAAGAGGAGGCCCCUCCUCCAUGUCAUCAACUUCUUGUUGCCCAUCCUGUUCUUCCUGAGUCUGGAUCUCGCCUCCUUCUUCAUCUCAGACCACAGGGGAGAGAAGCUGGGCUUCAAGGUCACCGUGCUGCUGGCCAUCUCCGUCCUGCUGCUCAUCCUGAACGACAUCCUGCCCUCCAUGUCCAACAAGACUCCACUCAUAGCGACCUACUGCAUUGUGAUUUUUGCUCUGAUGCUGUUCAGUCUGCUGGAGACGAUCUUGGUUUCGUAUCUGAUGGAAAAGGACUCUGCCUCCCGCAAGAAACUCCGGCUGAAGGGCGACUAUGAGAACAAACAGGAAAAAUUCAAAAUCGAUAGCUGCAACUCAGAGGAGAGAAGACAUCCCUGCUGUUCGUGCAUCUGCAAAGUGUCCGGCGGUGAGAAACAGCAUGAAGUGCUGCCUGUGGCUGAAGAGGUGAACAAAAGCAUUCGAUCAGGAGAGUCUCAUGUGUUGCUGUUGAUCCUGGAGGAGCUGGAGGAGAUGCAGAAAACUCUCAUUCUGCACCUCAGCCCCAGAGAGGAGGGAGGGAAGUUCACCCACUGGGCCACAAGAAUCAACAGAGGUUUCUUCAUUUUCUAUGUCGCCACUGCGUCACUGUUUCUAUCCCUCAUCUUUAAUGAAUGGAGCAUCUAGAAAUGUGCAAUAUUAGUCUGUAGUCUCUCAGUUUCUGUACUGUAAGCCCUCAGUGUGAGAAUAUGACUUGUUAUUGUAUUGGAGUUAGUCAGUUCUCUGUGUAAGCACAAUGUAAAAUCUACAGGUGCUGUCUGUGUUCUUCUUGUUGUGAAUCUGCUUUAUGUGGUUUAGCUGAGAUUGAUUUACGAUCCAUCUGUAGGCUGAAAAAUGGGCCUUCAAAAUGUUGAAUAAGCACAAUAAGAGUUUUAAAAAUGAGCAUUUAAAAUGACUGAUGUAGUUGUAAAACUGAAGGUGCAGCUGUGUCCAGUGGUUUAUGAUGUAGAGGAUUAAUAGUCCCCCCUGAGAUGCACCUCGAUGUGAUCACGACCAAAAUCUUGUGUGCAGAAAAAAACAAAAUUAGAAAGAAACUGAACCUAAUCAGGACAAUCAACUGCAAAAGAUUAACAUCAGGAAAAAUGUGCUGCUUCCUGUUCAAAUCCUUCACUUUGACAAGAUUGGUAAACACACUCUGCCAUAUUUUUUACACUGUAAAUGUUCACAUUCCCUCUUCAUUCAGACUCACAGGUCGUUCCCUGCUGUCCUGUUCCAGUCUUCCUUCACCUCACAGCUCAUCAGUCACUCAGGUUUUAAACCAAUCAGGUCCAUCCUAUGUCCGAUGUCCUGAUAGCGGCGCGUUUAUCAGGAUUAGCACGGCACCAACAUGCCGUUAGAAAGGAGGCUGCUGUCACUGUAGAGCACACCCGCUCAGUAACAAGAGGAGGCAAAGAAGAAGUUAUUCACUCCCCCUGUUGUGUUUUGACAUGAUGAACAGAAAAGACUUUAAUUAAUUAUCUGAAAUGCAAGUGAUCAGUUGCAUGAAGAGCAGGAAAGUUGAAGCAGAGUGUGGUGAAUUUAAGCCAUUUUAUCCGUUACGAUGAAAAUAACAUUUUAGAACAAACCACUACCGCUGCCAUCAUAUUGCAGUACUUGCAUCUGGGAUUCAUUCCCACAUGUCCAUUGAUGUCAUUUUUAAUUGUUAACAUAUUAAGGAGUCAAAUAUUUCCUGCACACUAAUAAGCUCAUCUGCUAAGCUCAGUGUGUCAAAUUUAAAUUUAAAUUUUGAUCCCAACUGCUUCCUCUGACAGCAUCUCUGUGCCACCACUAGGUGGUGUGCUCUACUUUUUGCAGACAGCUGAAUUUUCAUGUUCUGUUUGAUAAUUCUGCUCUUUUCCAGAAGGAGUCAAACCAGAGUUGUCUGGAAGAAGUUUGGAUCUAAUUACUCUAUAAUACCCACAACCUUGUGCACUUGAUUGAAAGUAGCUUUGGGGAUUGUUAGAAUGGCGAUGUGUCAUUGCUGAAUGAUGCAAAAUGUGUUAUACUUACCACGAAAAAUGAAUAAUAAUAAAAAUAAAAAGUAUGA